CAGUAAUAUCUAACAAGUAAGCUAACAAUUUCACAACAACUACCUUAUACACACAAGUGUAAAGGAAUGAAUAAGAAUAUGUACAUAUAAAUAUAUGGAUGAGCAAUGGCCAAACGGCAUAGGCAAGAUGCAGUAAAUGGUAUAGAGUACAGUAUAUACAUAUGAGAUGAGUGAUGUAGGGUGUGUAAACAUUAUAUAAAGCGGCAUUGUUUAAAGUGACUAGUGAUGCAUUUAUUACAUCCAAUUUUUAAGUAUUAAAGUGGCUAGAGAUUGAGUCAGUAUGUUGGAAGCAGCCACUCAAUGUUAGUGAUGACUGUUUAACAGUCUGAUGGCCUUGAGAUAGAAGCUGUUUUUCAGUCUCUCGGUCCCAGCUUUGAUGCACCUGUACUGACCUCGCCUUCUGGAUGAUAGCAGUGUGAACAGGCAGUGGCUCGGGUGGUUGUUGUCCUUGAUGAUCUUUUUUGGCUUCCUGUGACAUCGGGUGGUGUAAGUGUCCUGGAGGGCAGGUAGUUUUCCCCCGGUGAUGCGUUGUGCAGUUGCUGUACCAGGUGGUGAUACAGCCUGACAGAAUGCUCUUGAUUGUGCAUCUGUACAAUUUUGUGACCGUUUUUGGUGACAAGACAAAUUUCUUCAGCCUCCUGAGGUUGAAGAGGCGCUGUUGUGCCUUCUUCACCAUGCAGUCUGUGUGGGUGGACCAUUUCAAUUUGUCCGUGAUGUGUACGCCAAGGAACUUAAAACUUUCCACUUCUCCACUACUGUCCUGUUGAUGUGGAUAGGGGGGUGCUCCCUCUGCUGUUUCCUGAAGUCCAUGAUCAUCUCCUUUGUUUUGUUGACAUUGAGCGUGAGGUUAUUUUCCUGACACCACACUCCGAGGGUGUAGCAUAAGAACAGCUUCAUUGGCACAAUGGACAAUAACCUUGCACAAUGUUCUAAUCCAACAUUCUAAUGUAUAUCUGCUUAAUUUGUCAAUUAUGUUAGUGUUGGAGCCCCUGGCUAUCCAUACAUUUAAAAAACAACAAUAUGGUGCCGUCUGGUUUGCUUAAUAUAAGGGAUUUGAAAUCAUUUAUAGGUUUAUAUUAUAAGUAUAUUUUAUCCAAUUACAUUUUUGAUACUUAAGUAUAUUUAAAACCAAAUACUUUUAGACUAUUACUCUAGUAUUUUACUGGGUGACUUUAACUUGAGUAAAAGUAAAGAUACCUUAAUAGAAAAUGACUGUCAUGUAUGACAAUUGGGUAUCUUUUCCACCCCUGCCCGGAUUCUGUGUAUAAGACUUUUAGCAAUAACUUUUACCCAACGCGACUUCGCUACGAUCAUGCUUGCUUCGUCCAGCUAAGUAUCACUCCUAGAGAUACUGAAUAUGCCGCUGUUAAGUGGAAUCGUUAUUUUCGUUUGAGUUGGUUGUUCAAGGACGCCUGACUACGUACGGAAGCUUACUCAACGAGUCGUCUGUAUAAACAAUGGUUCGUUGCGCGACAAAGCAAUGGCCAAUGCACGUAUACAUUUUACGUAUGGGUGCUCCCGGGAAUCGAACCCAUAAUUCUUGCGAUGCAAGCGCCAUGCUGUACCAACUGAGCUACAGGACCACAGACAACAAUAGCCAACGUUACGUUUCUCUCAAGAUUAGAAUACUUGUGUUGUAGCUAUACAGUAUCAAGUUAGCUAACGCGCUAGCUAGCUAGCCACAGUAGCUAGCCAGGGAUCCAGUUUGCAUCCAUGCCAUUUACAAUGUUAUGUAUUGCUCAUCAUUGUUGCCGGCUGUUGUUUAUGUAACCGGUGCUGUACUGCACCGCUGUAACUCUGCGUUGUGUGUGGUUGAUUGAGACUAUAGAAGUGGACUUUGGAGAUCAGAUAGUUUUAAUCAAGCAGAAUUCACUCUGCAUCCAAAAGAAAAGAAAACAUGUGUAGAGCACAUAUGUUCUGCGAAUCGUCGCCUCUUCCUCUCAUAGUGCAUCAAGAUGAUUUUUGAAUACAACAUUUAGUACAGCCUCUCCUUAUUAAACAUAACAUAUUUUACAUAGAUAAAACCACAUACCUGCAUCCAAAAGAAAAUCAAACAUGUGUAGAGCACAUAUGUUCUGCGAAUCGUCGCCUCUUUCUACAACGGAUGCACAAUACAAGGGACUGGGAUCAUUCGAGGAGCUAGCCAUCGUUCACACAUACACAUGCUAAUACCUUAGCUAGCUAUUAACCACGUGUUGAAUUCAGAAUGUUGAUAUCAUCCUAAAAAGUACAACUACAAGUGCAUCUUAACAAUACCAUCCACGUAUGAGUAACCUCUAAAUAUACAACAUUAUUCAUGAACAAAACACUGUGUGUAUGACAUUGUGCUUAAAAAAUCAAACUUUUCUGAAGACGACAGAAAAAGCCUAUCAUAGUGCAUCGAAAUGAUUUGAGCACGCAGGACAUAACGUAAGUACACACCCCCCUCCUCCCAGGAUGCAGGCGUGCAUAAUAACAAUUCAACAUGACAUAAUAUUAUAUGAACCUGGUUAAAUUCACACAGUACUUUAACAACUGUUACAUUUACUUAUUUAUUUGUUGUCUCAUCACAUUAUUGUACAGAAAAACGGAAACGUAGCUAUUACACCAGUAUUUAUUGUUUCGAGUGGUCUUUUUAGUGGUAUGGGGAUCCAGUAUUGCGUCGCUGAUCGCAUUGAUUGACAGAUCAUCCCUGAAGUUGUUUUAUUACGUAAAAGUUCUUUCACAUUGUGACGUUGGCUGAGUUACCGUAUAAAAUGCGCUAGUUUACCUCUUUGGUAAUCACUUGGUAAAGUUUUACAUGAUGGGAACAUAGGCUCCAGCUAUAGACUUUAACCAUGGAGGAUAAUAAGAGUUUAAACGAAGAUGAUCCAUGUGAUCAUCAAAGUUUGGGAGGUCAAGUCCAGAAAAUGAAGAAUGAUAUCCUGGGUUUAAACUAUCCAGAAGAUAUUGAAGUGAAGGAUCCCCUGCCUCAGAUCGAGCUGAAGGCUGUGACAAGGAGAAAAGUUAAGACCAAGAGGAGGACCAGUGCCAACAGGUCCACAGUUGAACAGAGCACUGAUACUGAUGCAGCUGAGAGAGAUUUUGUUGAUAAUCAGAAUGAUGAAGAUGAGGAAGAGGUGAAGAAGGAUCCCCUGCCUCAGAUGGAGCAGGAUGCCGUGAAGAGAAAUACAGUCAAGCUUCACCUGGAAUGCACCUCAGAGAAGGGCCUCUUGACUCGUUCCAUCGUGGGCUCCAUGUUGGAGGAUGUUGACAUGGUGAGAACUGAUGGACACGAGAUACACCGGCCAUCCUCCUCAAAGUCCUCCCUGUCCAUCACCUCUGCCAUGACCAGUGGGUCCCAGAGUGAUUUUACAAAUUCUCUUCCAGGGACUCCAGUCCCCAAUGAGUGGCCUGUUGAAAGCUAUUGUCCUAUCAUUAGGAGUUCGGUCAUUGAUAUGAGUGACUCCUCAACUCAUUCACAAGGGUCAACAAAUUACACAAGGCAAACCAUCUCUGCCAUAGUUGACACUGUUAUGGAGGUCAUUCCAAGAGAAGAUACGGAACACAUAGCCACUGCAGAUGAUGUCACUUCUUUUACAAGAAGACUUGCGAGACUCAGCCCCAGGGACGGUCUUCAGAACUUCUCUCAUGAGCUCACUGACAAAGUUUAUGAGCUCAUAAAAAGUCACAACACCCCCCAGGCUCUUUUUGUGCCAGCUGGCAAGAGCGUGUCUGACUCUAUUCUUUUGAAGCUGAAGACAGGAUUGAAUGCUUCUGAAGAAUCCAGAGAGUUUCCAUCUGACCUUGUGUACUCCUUUGCUGAGGAGUCAAUAAAACGUCUGCUACAGCAGAUUGUCUUCUGGCUUCCUCCACCAUCACAAGGAUCAGAUUUCUGUCAAACUAUCGUCUCUGAUGGUUCUCUGCAGGACACAAGCCGGCUUAUCCCGAGCUCUUCUGCCAUCUCCAUUAGUUCCUCACCGGUUUACUGUGACACAAAGAGCCUUUUCACCAAUAUAAUGGUCAAUCAGGUCAUGGAUACCUGUUCUGUGGCCUCCAAUUCAUCAGAAGAAUUAUCAGAGUUGAUGAACAUAAUCAAUGGGUUGUCCCCAACUGAUGCUGGAACACUUGACUCUGACAGACCGGCUCUCAUGACCCCUAGCCGUCAGUCUAGUGCCAAAUCAUUGCCUAGACCCUCUCUGUCUGGCAGCAGCACACACAACGGUGGAACUGUGGAUAUUCAAGUUUUAGGAGAGAUGGAAUCCAAGAUGGACAACAAAGAUAUGGAGAUGUCUAGUGUCUCUGUGCAUCCAUCAACUCCAUCAGCCAUGGACUCUGAUACACAUGGAUCAUUUGACUCCACUAGCAAUGACUACACCUCUUUGGUACUUUUACUGAUUGUUAGAUUGCUGACAAUGAUCACCCCUAUCACAUUACGGGAAUCCUCUGACAUUGGUGAAACAUCAAGAGUUCUCACAAAGAGGAUUCUGUCUGAGUUCUGUGGCACCUCAGGCCUUGAACCAACUCAAGCCUACCCCCAGAAUCUGAAAAUCAAAAAGAUUUUCAAGGCUGUCUACAAGGGGCUUCUUCAAGAAUUCGGGUCAGAGAAGAUGCUCCAGGUUGCAAUGAAGUCAACGGAUUAUGCAUUUGACGAUGCCCUGGUCAAAUCAUUAACUAGGGAACUACUAACUAAAUGCAAUGAGGCUAGCUCUUCACCUCCCUCCAUGACCCAGUUGUCAUCACACAAUGCACUUGGCAGUGACGAGGUAGGUAAUUCUGGGCUUCCAACAACUGGUAGAAAGGACAAGAAGAGAGGAAGAUUCAGCGCUCUCUGUGGACUUAACCCAAAGUGUACAAAGAAGGUCAACAAGAAGAACCACUGCACUCCAACACCUUCCCAGAACCAGACACCUGCCGUCAGUGAAACAGCAAUUGUCAAUGAUCAAGAAUCCUGCCGAACAGAGAGUGUAUGCUCCACAAAGAAGAAACCAAGGAAGCGUUCGCUCAUUUCCAGGAUGUUUUCAGCUAUAGGAAAAGCCUUGUCCAGUCCCUUUACUUCCUGCUAUAAAAGGAAGACCACCUAA